CCGUUUUGGCUCAAGCUGUUUGAAGUCAAGGUGCCGCAGAUUGCUCAGGUGCUCCCUGCUCCCGUUAGCCCGUCAGUCUGCGUUACCAGGGCGGUACAGCCCGUCAUGUCCGUGAAGUGCAUCCGCGAGCACACGGGUAAAGCCUUGCUGGAAAAGUGGCUCCCCGAGAUCUCCAAUGGCAGACACAAAAUGGGCACAGCGGGAGUGCUCAUCACACCGUCGGUGCUUGAUCCGACCAGCGGGGACACUUGGGAAUCGAUUGUGGAGAAGAACCCCUGGCUGAUGACUUCCAAGCUCGUGGCCAAGCCUGACCAACUGAUCAAGCGCCGUGGCAAGGCUGGCCUCAUCGCACUCAACAAGACCUUUGACGAGGCUAAGAAGUGGGUCAUGGAGAGGAUGUGCACAGAACAAAAGGUGGAGACUGUAACAGGUCAGCUGAACCACUUCCUAAUCGAGCCAAUGGUGCCCCACAAACAGGAUGAGGAGUUCUACAUAUGUAUCCACACUGUGCGUUACUACGACGAAAUCCUAUUCUACCACGAGGGAGGUGUUGACGUCGGGGACGUAGACUCGAAGGCCGAGCAUCUCCAGAUACCGAUCGGGGAGGGAAUCGACGACAAGAAGGUCACCGCCAGUCUACUGUCGAAGGUGCUUGCUUCGAAACAAGCCAGCUUGACGUCUUUCAUUUUGAGUCUCUACAUAUUCUACAAGGACUUGCACUUCGCGUAUUUAGAAACCAAUCCUCUGGUGAUGUUGGAAGACAACACAGUGGUGCCUUUGGACAUGGCCGCGAAGAUAGAUGAGACUGCCAAUUUCUUGGUGGCGCAGAAGUGGGGGGAGGUUGAUUGGCCGCCACCUUUCGGCCGCGCCGCCUACGCCGAGGAGGCGCUCAUUCGCGACAUGGACGGCAAGACGGGUGCCUCUUGA